AUGCUCAUCAUCUCGUCUCGCAGUGCGCUGCUGUCCGUCUACUACCCGCAGAUCUUCCUCAUCCUCACCAGCGGUAGCUACCUGUACGUUUACUAUCUGUGCACUUGCUUUAUUUCAAAACUACUUGUUUUUUCUGCAAGUGAGUGGUUGUGCUUUACGCGCACAUUGGCCAAUUACGCACGGAAUGCAUGUAGAGGACACUCUUUGAAAGUCGCAGGUGUUUUAUGAUGAGGAGAGAAUGCGCUCAAAACGAGUUCAACAAUUUUUCAAUCAGCUUUGUGUCAUCGAGUUAAUCAAUAUAUUGCAUUCCUUUUUUGUGGCUUUCUAUAGUUUUGGUGUGGUAAAGAAAUUCUUGUGGAUAUGGAAAAAUUAAACAUAGAAAACCAAGUUGACCAAAAUUUAGAGAGCGUGGGUUGGAAUUACGUGGCAUGUGUCAUUCAGCCCUUUUCAUUUUAUUCCACAAUUCAAUCACUCCCUGCCAACGGAACACGGGCUGUGGGUUUUGUCCCUCGAAUAUAAGCAGUUAUGGUUUUUACGUUCAAAUAUUGUGCCAUAAAUCGAACAGAGUCCGUGAAGACUUGAAGGUCUGCAGCCAAUAUAAAAUGUCCAUAUUUUUUCACAUGCUGGAACAUGAGCUCAGCUGAUGAGAUAUCCUGCUCUGACGGAUUUACACAUCACACCAGAACCACUUUGUUACAGGAGCACCUCGUCAGACAAGGGAAAGAAUUGGAAAGCAGCAUAUGGAAAAGAGUCCUUUUGGACCGCUUUGGGCUCUGCAUAUGGGUACAGGGAAAUGUAAUGAGCUCUCUCUUGUGGAAUUCAAAGACUUGGGCCCUCACAAAGAGAAUGAUUGCUGCACCAUACAUGCCUCUUUUUCAGAGCAGGGGCAGGUCCUGAAACCUUGAAUAGCUGUGGUGGUUCAUGUUUUCUGAAACAGACAGAAACUUUAAGGAAUUGAAUUCAAAUGUAUGUCUGUAAUAAGCGUGUGUUUCCUUUCAUACUAAUGCUGUUCCAUGAUGUGAGACUCUAUAACUAAGCUGCUCUUAUUUUCCCCAUUCAUUCAUGCGAAUUCAUUUUUAUCUUCAUACAAACCUUAAAACUUCAAACUGUAAUGGAAAUUUUGGGUACAGAGCCCAGACACAGAUGUGCAUGAGUAUUACCUGAAAAACACCAUCUUGAAAGUCCCUCUAUUGAUCCUUGUUUCUCUGUGUCCAGGGCACUGUCCUCAGUGGUAGCUCUGGGUGCAAACAUCAUCUGCAACAAGAUACCUGGACUGGCCCCUCGUCAGAGAGCCCUCUGUCAGAGUCGACCCGAUGCCAUCAUCGUCAUCGGCGAAGGCGCUCAGCUUGGCAUCAAUGAGUGUCAGUACCAGUUCCGCUACGGCCGCUGGAACUGCUCGGCCCUGGGCGAGAGGACUGUCUUUGGACAAGAGCUGAGAGUAGGUCAGUCUGUUUUGAUUUCAGUCAUAGAGUUGUACAUAUCACAGCGGUAUAGACAGUAAGGAAUUUGACUCAAGAAAGGGGGUAAAGGUUGCUGAAAGGACAAGGAUUUUUGGUGUUUCUUUUACAGACUUUACCUAACAGGAAAUAAGAGAACAUUUGAAAACUAAGUGCAAAGAGCUUCAACGGGUCAAUCAAACAAACUGUGUAUAGAAGUGAAAUAAAAGAGAACUGAUUGGUGUGUGAACAGGGAGUUAGACCAUUUGGUGCCGCUUUAUCAGAUCUGUUUGCCCUAACUAAUCCAAAUGUGAGGCUCAUCCUGACGUUAAAUCAUUGAAACCAGGAGAUCAGAACUCCUCCUGAAGAUUAGAUAGAUAAGAUAGAACUUUAUUGACCCCUUUGGGAAGGUUCCCUCAGGGAAAUUAGACAGAUGAGCGAAGCCGAGCUCUGUGGUUUCCCCUCAUUCUUAUUGUUUUUCCUCAAGCAUCCAAAACUGUCGUCAGCGGCGCAAGUUAAAAGACGCCGCAUAUCAGGACUAAGUAGAAUUCAACCGAUUUUGAAAUGGGCGCUGAAACUCAAAUGAAAACAUAUUUGAAAUACCACGCGCAAGGGUCAUUGAGGGCUUUCUGCCUUGUUAGAAAUGUACACAAAACACUGCAACUCGACACUUGGAAGGAGAAUCCGUCAUAUGUCACUGUGACUUACACAGUAGCUAUACAUGUGAAGACUUGGCUCUGAGGCCGGUCUGUGUGUGCCACCUUCCGAGUAAAACCCACCACGUCGGAAACACGCACAGUCCAUCAUGUUCCCCCUGUUUUUAUUCAACAUUCUUCCCGGUUUUAUUUCUCACAGAGGCCUGUUUGCUCCUAAUGUGAACCUCCUAUAUAAAUUGUGUUUCAGUCUGAAAUGUUUUGUUGCGGUCUUGCUGUGGGUUUGGAUCCAUGUUUAAUCUAGCAGCUCUGGGAGCAAUCACUUUCUUCUACACAGGAGACAGGCAGACAGAAGUCUGGAUCCCUUUAUUUCUUUUGUCAGAGGAAAUGUCUCUUUUCUCUUGUGGUGUGUAAAUGAGCUUACAGAGACACAGUUUUGAUCCACGUGUCCUUCAUGUAAGGCUGUUUGACCGUGGAAAAACUCACUGAAGGACAAAAUCAUGUAAGACGGGUAUAAAAACUGCGACUGGUAGCUAAUAUAAAGACAAACACAUAAACCUGGACGGAUCAUUAGUUUGCAAACUCUAUUGUUAAAUACAGGAAUGUACAUGAGGGCCAUAUCCCCACUUGCAUCACUUAAGUAACACCCACCACUCGGUUUGAUUGACCUGUCGAGCUCAUGCACUCAUGAGGCACUGAGAAAGACCAGAGGGAUUGAAGCAAACCACUAAUUGAAGUCAGCUCCAGCAGCUGGAUGGCAACAAUGGAACCCUGCAUGCGCUGCUGUACAAUGAAAACAAAUCACAGCGCAAAGAGAUGGCUGUUUGGCUGUGGUAUGCGUCUGAUGCCUUGAAAAAUGCUCACCAUACAAUAUAUCAGAAAGGGUCGCGGAUUUAGCCUGAUGAGAGAAGACUUCAGACUUUGUUAUGAGUUAUGGAUCGGAGGGGGAACCGCAGGCUCGAUGGUUUCUGCGAGUGAUUUUGUCAGGUUGGAGAGGAGCCAUUAGAAUCGCCUCUACCAAAGACACUGUAUUAAUAUAUAAUAUUCUCGGCUGUUGAGCAAAACGAAAGGGCCCGCAUUAUCCUGAUUGGAGACAAAGGAUAUCUUAUUACCAACUAGUAGCGCCAAUAAAUUCAUUUUCUCUCUCCAUGCCAUUAAUAAAGAUAUCUUUCUUCUGAUGUUCAAAUGGUGACACGCAAGAGUUUGGGAACAUCUCAGUGAUGUCUGGCCGCUGAUUUCACCAUGAAUAAUGGUAUCAUUUACUAUGAUAAUGUGGACCGCCCUAACACGAACACAGAAUGACACUCAAUCCGUGUGAGAAAUUCAUUGAUGAAAAACAUUAAGACAGUAACUCAAUGAGGACCAGCAAAAAGCUCCUUCAUCAGCCAGUAGAUGUCACUUGUGUUUGCUUCAUUGUAACAAAUGUUUUAACACACAUUAUCUACUCAUGCUCUUCAAAGUCAUCCUCUGACUGCUCAAUUUCUACAACACGCCUUUAAUAAUCGUUGAAAUAAUUCAAAAAGGUACUGUAACCUUACAGGGUCCAAUCUUUUGAGUUGAAAACAUGUAACACAAAAGAAUCCAGAGUAAUUUAACAAAUAAGUGGAGGUAUGUGCUUGCACAAUUACAAAUAUGCCAUAUAAAGCCAACAGUCAUGUUUUCUACCAUUGAAAGGCCUCCAAAUAAAGACCCACAAAUGGUGGAAAUUUUUCCUUACAAGAUGGUGCAACGACUUAAUGUUGGGUUACAAUUUGCUGGAAGACUCCCAGUUAUUCAGAACAUCAUUCUUUUGGGAAUUAUGCCUUCAUCGGGAAAACAGAAGCAUGACAUACAACAAGUGUCCAUGUUCGCAUGCACCGAAAGCAACCAAUGAUUUAUGAUCCAUUUAAACGCCCUGCAUAUCUGCCAAAAUGGGUGUUUUGUGCUCCGAUUUUUUUCCUCGCAGCAGCAACAAUUAUUGACUCAAAAGUUUGUCAGCUCCAUUUAAACUCCUGUAUAGUUCUGUCUGCAUUCCAGCGGGCAGUAACCACACAAGUCAGAAUCAGUUUAAAAACCUGUGUUAGUUUUCAUAAUGUGAGAACUAAAAAUCAAAUCAGCCGUGGAUAAGGCUUUGUAAGUCAGUUUUAUAAGCCUUACAAAUGUUGGAUGACUUAUUUUCUCAUAAUGCAGCUCAGCAGUAUCUUCCAUUUGAAUGCCAACUUCAGCAAACCCCCAAAUCUCAGUUAUUAAUGCAGACUAACUACAACAUUUGGAAAGAAUUGCAAUUCAAUAAACAAACAUGAAACAGUUAUCAGAAACUUUCCACUAUUUCUACUCUAAAUCAAACUCAUUCAGACUCUGCUCUUUCUUUUUAGGCAGCAGGGAAGCAGCAUUCACGUAUGCCAUCACCGCUGCAGGAGUUGCCCACGCUGUGACCACAGCCUGUAGCCAAGGCAACCUCAGCCAGUGCGGCUGUGACCGUGAAAAGCAGGGCUACCAUGAUCAAGAGGAAGGCUGGAAGUGGGGGGGCUGCUCGGCUGAUGUUAAGUAUGGCGUGGAGUUCUCGCGCCGCUUCGUAGACGCCCGUGAGAUCAAGAAAAAUGCCAGGCGGCUGAUGAACCUGCACAACAACGAGGCAGGGCGAAAGGUAACGCAAAUAUGACUUAAAGUAAAGCUAAGGGAUAGCCUCUCUUUCUUAGCUGCACCAGCCAACUCUUAGUGGACAGACCAAGGUCUAGAGCACACUCCUCCAGAUUGUGAUAGUGAUAAGUGGAAACCAAGUCACAAUUUGAUCAGUUUCCUGGACAAAAUCUUGUAGACAGGUAUGAGAUGCUCUAAUUUUAGGCUUAGUGAAAUUUUACGGUCUUAAAAUGGAAUGAAAAUGGAGAUUUUUCUGCAAUAAAAAGGAAAAGGAUAUUCAAACUCAAGCCAAGUUGCAACAGCUACCUGUCAAUUUUAUCAUCUGAGAAUCUUUGUGUGGCAUUAUAAAAUAAAUAUGGCCAAAACCACAAGGUAAAACUAUACAUGUAUGGUUGUACAACAGGUCCAGUCUCUUUUCUAGCCAUUAUGUGGUCUGAAUAAAGGUAAAGUUAAUUAGAGACUACAGUUUUGGGGUAUGGGUUUCUUCCCCAGGAACUGACAUAAAGUUGGCAUACUGACUGGUGUGCUGAAAGUUUAAGAGUCUGCAGAAACUAGCCAAGCUCAGAGAAAGAGAGACACAUCCGAAUUGCUGUGAGCUGUUUCUGAAACAGGCCAGAGACAAAAAAAGAGAAACUUAUUAAUUUAACCUACAAAAUUCAUUUUCAGCUCUUAACCAACUCUUUCAGUCCAGACCUAAUUACCCAUCUCUGUGUUUAGAUCCUGGAGGAGAGGAUGAAGCUGGAGUGUAAGUGUCACGGUGUGUCUGGUUCCUGCACCACUAAGACCUGCUGGAUCACCCUGCCCAAAUUCAGAGAGAUUGGUUACCUGCUGAAGGAACGCUACAGCGACGCAGUUCAAGUGGAGCCUGUCCGGGCCUCCCGGCUCCGCCAGCCCUCCUUUCUACGACUCAAAGAGGCUCGGGGCUACCAAAAGCCAACAGACACAGACCUGGUGUACCUGGAGCGGUCACCCAAUUACUGUGAAGAGGACACAGCCACAGGGAGCACAGGCACACGGGGCAGACUGUGCAACGGCACCUCAACCCUCACAGACAGUUGUAAUGUGAUGUGCUGCGGCCGGGGUUACAACACACACCACUACACACGCAUCUGGCAGUGCAACUGCAAGUUCCACUGGUGCUGUUUUGUCAAGUGCAACACCUGCAGCGAGAAAUCAGAAGUUUUUACCUGCAAGUAG